GUAUCUCUUGUGUCUCCUACUGAGCGGCACACAGUUCUGCACUCCUGUCCCUUCCUGCACUUGUGUCCUCUUACGUAAAAUCUGUGCACAGAAGCUUUGCCUCUGGGGGAGUGAGAGGACUGUAUUUUAACCUCUCACGACUGAGAUCUGCCAAUCAGAGGGACAGAAGCUCCUUCCCGUUUCUACAGACACAAGGAGAAAGAGGUGUGUGUGUGUGAGUGUUCACAUUCAACUUCAGCUGAUACACAAGAGCUGCAUUUUCUAUUUGCCUCCGCUGUGUCAAGCCCAGAAGUUCUCAGUGAAACUAAAAGGAGGAAGUUUGGAAAAAGAAAACCUUUAAAGUUGAGUGGAGCCAUUCUCAGGCAUGUCAGAGGAAGACGGCUGCCGCUCGCCUAUUGGCUUGGACUGCUGCAGCUGCUGCUUGGACCUGGCCAACAGAAGUGAGAUGGAAGAAGGUGGUGGGGAGAACAACAACCUGGGCAGUCCCACUGUCAGCAAUUUUCGCCAGCUGCGGGAGAAACUGGUCUUUGGAAACCUCAAUGCGGACAAACUCAACAGCAUUAUGAGGCAGGACUCACUAGAGCCCGUAGUGAGGGAUCCUUGUUAUCUUCUAAAUGAGGGCAUUUGCAAUAGUCCAGACAUCGACCAGACCAUGCUCUCCAUCCUAUUAUUCUUUCACAGUGCAUCGGGUGCCAGUGUCGUUGCCAUCGACAACAAGAUUGAGCAAGCCAUGGAUUUGGUAAAGAACCAUCUUAUGUACGCUGUGCGUGAAGAGGUUGAGGUGCUGAAGGAACAGAUUAAAGAGCUGGUGGAGAAGAACUCGCAGCUUGAGAAAGAGAAUCAUCUACUAAAGAACCUGGCAAGCCCAGAGCAAAUGAAGAAGUUCCAGUCUCGGCUCCCUCAAGAUGAAACUCCAAUCAAGACAAAACUAGAUUUCCUUCGCGCAUCUCAGAAGGCUGGCUCUGCAGUCUAAGUGGCUCUGUCUUUGGAGUGGGCAGAGCCACUGAACUUUUCCUGCGUCUAUAUAUGAGAAAAAAAUGAGAUUUUUUUCCCCCCUCUUUAAAGUGUCACCUCGGCUUGGAGGGUCGUUGACUAGCCAAAGCUGGCAUGUGCCGGGGCUAGCGUGGGCCUCCUCACAAGUCUUUUCUUCAAGAGAAGAGUGAGAGAAGCUAGACAUGGACUCUUUAAGAAGAGUACCAGCCAGAGAGAGCUGGCUCGGCAUGAAUGUUGCCUUUCUUUGGCGCCAGGCUUGGGAAGCAAAGCCAGGAAACAAGCAGGACAUGCUAAAGAUGACCAGAGACUGCUUCUGCAAGAGUUCUCUGGGCAUGGAAUACAAAGUUGAUGAGGAGAUCUCCCUCUCUGUGUGUUUUUAUAAACUGUACCAUAGUGGGAAGCAGAGAGCGUUAACCUCCUGGAAUGAGGAUAAGGAACAGUUACCCUAGUAACAGUUCAGUACAAAGUAUAAUACAUAGGGCACUUUAGUGCUUUAUAAUGGAGAUUGUUAUACGUUGGCUCACAGUUGCCCACACUAGUGAUCGGUGGCAGUCUCUUUAGACCCCACCCACUACUGGGCUUGUUAGUUUAAGUUUACAUAGCUAGUAUGUAAUUUUAGCACUUGCCAAAAUGUUCUCUUUGAAAACUUGGGAAUAUGCUACACAGACUUUUUUUUUUUUUUUUACUUUGUCUUUUUAUGUAUGUGUAGAAUAUAAAUGUACCUGUCUGACUCUAUGCCAGAGCACAAUGGUGGGAAAAGCCGCCUGAAAGACUCACACAAGACACUUUAAAAUCCGGGAAAAUUAAUAGACUGUGGACUUUUUUUGCAAUAUUCCUAAAAACUUCAGGACUACAGCUCCCAGCAAUGGCCAUAAAAGGGCUUGUUGGACGAAUAAUGUUUUCUGCUGUUUAACAUUACUGUCUGAGAUUUCUGGAUUGUACAUAAUUCAGUGGAAAGCUGCAAUAAACCGUUUUUUUAUAUAAACAAA